GUCAAGUAAUUACUGUCAUGAAAACCACUGAUUUGUGUCGAAGGAUUCACAAUUUUUUUACCUUGUGAUUAAUCAAGACUGUACUAUCUAUACGCAUUCUUUAACUUUGGGUGUAACCACGCAUGUUUUGAUCAAAUCAAUUGAAUAAUGUUUCGCCUACCCAUUUCGAUUAUCACGUUCGGCAUUGUUUGUAAUGCCUUCGCUACAGUUCGUUCACAAUCGAUAGAAGAAGAACUUGGAAAUGGACGAUAUGUGAUCGAGGGUCGAGUCUUCCCACCAGACGAUAGCGAACUAAAGUCGCCUUGGCAAAUAGACACCCGAAUACACGUGAAUGGUGGAGAAUACAUCGGUUUUAUAAAAGACGAUGGUUCCUUUACAAUUCACAAUGUACCGACGGGAUCGUAUGUCGUUGAAGUUAUUAACCCUGACUACAUGUACGAACCAGUUAGAGUUGAAAUCAAUUCUAAAGGAAAAUAUAGAGCUCGUAAAGUGAAUUAUAUACAAACCUCUCAGGUCAUACAAGUUCCUUAUCCAUUAAGAAUGAAAGCACUAACUAAAUUUAGAUAUUUCCAAGUCCGUGAACAAUGGAGGCUCACUGAUUUCCUAUUUAAUCCAAUGAUUAUAAUGAUGGUUCUACCUCUUCUUUUAAUUAUGAUUCUACCAAAAAUGAUGAAUGACCCGGAGACCAAAGAAGACUUGAAGAAUAUCAGUAAUAUGGCCAAGAUGUCCGAACUACCUGAAAUGUCUGAGAUGUUCACCUCCCUGUUCAGUGGAGGAGCAACAAAAGCCAAUGCAAAAUCAAAACAAAUUAAGAAGAGGCAGUAACAACACGUGUGUUAGUAAAUUGUAAUAAGUAUUUAUCGAAUACCUUUGUAUAUAGAGAUAUUAAAAUCCUCAAUAAAACUUUAAAGAAUUUA